AUGAAUGCCAGCAAUCUCCUACUUCAACAGAUGUCAGAGCAGACUUAUGAGCCUUUUCCUCAACAACCUCCUACAGGAAUGUCACAAGAUCAAGAACCAUCAAUUUCAGAUAUGCUAAAAACAUUGGUGGCUUCAACUAUACAGACCCAAGUUAUUCUUCAAAGUACAGAAGCGUCUCUCAAGAAUUUGGAGAGUACUAUGGGAAAAAUUGCUACAUCAUUGAAUAAUCUCGAGGUUGAGAAUAUUGGAGAAUUACCCAAAGGAUUAGAGAGUAAUCCAUUAGAGAAUGAUGAUACCCUAACUCUUCAAAGUGGUCCACAACUUGAUACGCCACCUUAUCCAAACAUAACGUUUGAUCUAAUUCCAAUUCAAGAAGUCAACAAUUCAACCUCAGAAGCAUCUUCUCCACUGGAGAUCGAAACUUUCACGUCAGUUGGUCCAUCAUCACAGAACAUGCUACACAAACCAACUGUUAGUUCGUAUGUCCCUAUUCCUCAUUUUCCGAGAAAAUUGACAAAAUUUAAGAAUGAGAAGGAAAAUAAGGUGGUCCUUAAAAUCAACAUUUCGCUCCUUAAACCCAUUAACCAAGUACCACCAUAUGCUAAGCUUCCUAAGGAGUUGUCCACAUAUAAAAGGAAACUGAAGGGUGAUAAAAAGAUAAAUGUGGGGGAGAAUGUUUCUGCUAUUCUCCAAAGGAAGUUUCUACCCAAGUGUCAAGACCUUGGGAUGUUUAUAAAUCCAUACACUAUUGGUUUAUUAAAAGAAACUGGUGUUACCAUUCGAUUGGUUGAUCGCACUAUUGUGCCUCCCCUAAGGGUAGUUGAAGAUAUUUUGGUGCAGGUUCAAUUUGGUAGGCCAUUCUUACUGAUUACAAGUACAAAGAUGAAUGUCAAAGUAUGGGUACUUACAACAGAGUUUGAUGGUGAAGUUAUACAGUUUGAUAUGUUGAAUUCUAUUGAUAAGUACAGGAGGAAGAAAGUUCUGUUAAAUGACCAACUGUAA